AUGCAUCCACAGUCCGAGAUCCCAUCAAACUCGCCUUUUGGCCCUCAUGUACCCUACACCUACACAGCACUUGCUCCGGAUCUGGGACCACUUGAGCUUCGAUCAUCCAACACCACACGAGAUCCGAACGUGAACCCACAGGUCGCCACUCGAUCGGCCGACAUAUUAUGUGAUCUUACUCCUGCCGCACUGUCCGAGGCUCGAAAACGACACUACGACCUGAUACUGAUUCACAUGCCUAUCAUCACCCGCAUCUAUCAAAAAUUCAAGAACCUGAUCGACGCCUACCUCGCUGUCUACCUUGAAUUGCGCAAGGACAAGACGAAACUGAAACAAUGCCACGAGACUCUGCUGCCCGCCCAGCAGUUCUUUAACAACGAACCCGACACUGACGCAAGUGUCCAUACGAACAUGGACUCUGCGAUCGCUAUGAUUCGAGAUGGCCUGAAAAUGGCUGGUGGCCUGAAGUUGAUCUUCGAUGACUGGCAUGAAAAGUUGUCAGAGGUUAAACGGGAACAGCUCCAUUUGAAGGAGGUUGCUGAACCGAGGCGGAGAAUCGUCAAGCGUUUGCUAGCGGGUAAGAUAAUGGAGAACGAAGCACUAGAGGAGACGGAGCAGGCAAGGGCAUAG